AACAAUUCUAUUGACAAAACUAACACCAAUGCUACGCUAGCUCUAAAGACUCACUUAUUUUACAUUUAAUUUUUGAUUCAUAUAAUGGAGAAACCAGGACCAGCAGGAGAUGACACGUUUGAGUCCUUGGAGGAGUUCCAGAUGGUCCUCAAUGAGCUUGUUGGGGAUAAGAGCAUGGACCAGAUCCGGGUGGAGUAUGAGAAACUCAUUCAUGCACUGAAGAAAUCCCGGGAGAAUGAGAGGAGGCUAAUGUCCAAAUGCAGGGAGCUGAAUGCAGAGAUUGUGUCCACCUCAACCAAAGUCUCAGCUGCCCUGAAGCUGUCCCAGGAAGAUGAGACAACAAUUACUUCACUAAAGAGGGAGCUGGAUAAAGCCUGGAAAAUGGUUGAUGCUGCUCAUGAUAAAGAGAAAAAGGACAAAGAGACCAUCGGGAAUUUAAAAGAAGAAGUUGCCAACCUAACAAAAAUGGCUGAACAACAAACUGGCCUCUAUAUGGACCAAAGGCAGAGCGAUCUACUAAAAAUGAAUGAGGAGGUGACCAAGGAGAGGGACCAGCUGCUGACAACAGUGGAGAGUCUGAGAGAAAAACUGAACAAGGUCAUCGCAACCCAGCAGGAGGUAGAGGCCCAAAAGGAGAGUGCUCUAGAGAAUAUCUCUCAGCUCCAACAGGAGCUUCAAGUGCAACAGAAUGAGAUUUCCCGGGAGAUGAGGUUGAAGGAAAAGCUGGACAAGGAGGUGAAGCAGCUGCAUGUCAACAUGGAGACCAAGAUGGGGGACAUCAAAGCUCUGAAUCUGCAGGGCCAAAGGGCCAAAGAGGAGCAGCAGAGAUUGGAGCAGCAGCUGAAAGAGCUGAAGAUCUUGAACGAGCGAGCCACCAAGGAGCUGGAGCAGAUGCAAGUAAAGAACACCAAGCUGCAGCAGGAGUGUGAGCAGCUCUCAUCAGUCAAAGAACACCUGUCUUUAGAAAACCAGCAGAACACAAAUGAACUCAAGAUGAGAGAAGAAGAGGUGAAUCAGAUGCGCCAGGAGAUUGCCAAACAAACAAAGAUGAGAGAAGCCAUCCAGAAAAAAUUUCACCAGAUGGAGGAUCAGAAAGCUGAUGUGGACGUGCAGAAGGAGACAUUGAAAGCUCAGAUCGUUGGUCUGGAGAAGGAUCUUGAAUCUUCCCAAAAGCAAGUUGAAGCUGACAAGAAAACCAUAGACGAGCUGAUCAGAGAGAGAGACAUCUUGAAUAAGAACACGAUCAAAGCUGCGCAGUCGACUGAGAAACAGCAGAACCUGGUGAAGCUCCUCGAGCAGGACAAGAAAACCUUGGAACACGAGACCAGCGGCUACCGGCAGGAGGCCCAGAAGCAGCGCAAGAUCAUCCAGCAGCUGGAGAAAGAACGAGACCGCUACAUCAACGAGACCAGCAACCUCAUGCAGAAGGUGCAACAAAAAAUGAAUGACGUAGAAGUAAAAGAGAUGGAGAUAUUUGACUGGAGGAAGAAGGUCACUGAGGCAGAGUGCAAGCUCAAACAGCAAGAGAACCUGCUGGAGUCUGUCGUGUCUGAAAGAAACCUGUACAGUAAAAACCUCAUCGAGGCUCAGGAAGAGAUUGCAGAGAUGAAGAGGAAGAUGAAGACCAUGAACAACCAGGUCACCCGGUUGAGAGAUGAGAUCACUGGGAAGGAGCUGGCCCUUGCCAAAGAUCAGCAGGAGCACAAGCGCUUAGAGAAGGAUAAUGAGACUCUCAAGGGGGAGCUGCAGAUGAUUAAGCUUCAGCUGGAGGAAACAAAGCAGCGCAUUGACAGUCAGAAAGCAGAGCAACAAAAACUGCAGAAGAUUAUAGCCGACGGUGAUGACGAGCAAAUCCGACAGAGGAAACAACUGGAACAGGUGAUCAGAGAGCGGGACAACCUGGGCAAGCAGCUGCUACACCGCAACGAUGAGCGUGCCCUGCUGUAUGAGAAGAUCAGGAUCCAGCAAUCGAUCCUGAGCAAGGGGGACUUCCACUACAACCAGAGGAUGGAAGACAUCCACCUCCUCAAGCUGGAGAUCAAGAGGCUCCGGCGCAAGAAGAACAUCCUGGACAAGACUGUACCCAACACACAGGACUUGAGACGAGAGCUGUUCCACCUGCAGAGGGAGCUGCUCAGAGAAAGGACGAGGAACAGUGUGCUGGAGGAACAGCUGAAGCCCAUAAAUAUUCAUAGAUGGAGACGACUGGAGGGCAGUGACCCCAGCAAAUACGAACUCAUCCAGAAGAUUCAGUCCUUACAGAAACGACUGAUCGCCAAAACUCAAGAGCUUGAGGAAAGAGAACUCCUAUUACAGGAAAAGGAGAAGCUGUAUGUGGAGCUGAAGCACAUUCUGGCCCGGCAGCCGGGUCCAGAGGCAGCGGAGCAGCUCCAGCAUUGCCAGUGGACGAUCAGAGAGAGAACCAAAAAGCUCAAGGCGUUGAUAGCUGAGCUGAGAGUGGUCGACUCAAAGAUGAAUGAGUACAAAAGUGAGAAUCAAAGAUUGGCCAAUGAGCUGGCAAACAUCAAGAAGAAGUACCUGAGCCAGAAAAAGCUUCACAGUGAGCAGAGUACCAAGACCAAGGUGGAGCAGCUGGAACCACUGCCACAGCUGAGCAGCAAACCACACUUCACUGGAGGAGGCUUCAGGAUCGACAACCCUAAAGAAAGAAAGAAGACACCGACAUUGGGAGCAAAUGCAAGCUUGAUUUCAAAUUUUGAUAUGAGUUUUCUUCAUGUUACCCAUAUUCUCUCUGUGCUAAACAGGUUCAAAACAAUAAAUCCUCUUUUGGAUGUGUUAUUCCACUCAGGUCUAUGUCAGAGUGAUUCAGCAGGUGAAAGGGGGGCAGCUGGUGUCAUACAGCUGCUCAUCCGAGGGUUUUGCAGCGGAGGGAGGCUUAGACACAGAUUUUCCUUGUCUAAGCAGGUCCUGUCUACACACCAAGCCAUAACAUCGGCAGCACGUCUACUGCAGGGCUCAGAGAUUCACCUGACAGGGGACAGCAUGGAAGCCCCUCUUGUGUGUUUGGAUGAGGAGUUUGAGGACCUCCGGCCCUGCCGGAUGGAUGAGCUGGACCAUCCAGCACUCAACCACUCCUCUUACUCCACCACCAGCACCGUCCCCCUGGCCUCCAUCACCCGCGAGGACUUCUCUGAGCUGGAGAACUUCUCUGAGAUGAUGAGCUUCAAGUCGAUGGAGGACCUGGUCAACGAGUUCGACGAAAAGCUCAACGUCUGCUUCCACAAUUACAACACCAAGACGGAAGGCCUGGCGCCCAUACGCAGCCAGUCACACAACCAAGAGGAUGAGGAGCGGCUGCAGGAUGAAGAUGUUUGGGACGCUCUAACUGACAACUACAUCUGCACCUGGGACAGCCCCGACUCAGAGGGACUCAACGGCAAUCUUUCUGAGCAGGAGAUUCACGAAAAAGAGGAGGAGGAGAUGAACGAGAAGAAUGACAACGCCAACUGCCUGAGUGAAGAGCCUCUCAUCACAGCUGAUCAGGUAAUUGAGGAGAUAGUUGAGAUGAUGGAGAACUCUCCAGAUCCCGGAGAAACUGAGGAGGAGGACGAGGAGGAGAGCAGCCACUGCUCCCCCAGGACCAACCCCUCCCUGCUGGAGGAGAUCAGACAGCUGUCCCAGGCCUCCAACAACAACUGCUCCUAUGAAGGCUUGAGUCUGAUGCCCAGCUCUGCGCUGGUGGAACUGCUGCACCGGGUGGAGGCUGCAAUCCGUGAGUACUCAGAGGAGCUGGUCAGCCAGUUGGCUCGGCGUGACGAGCUGGAGUUCGAGAAAGAGGUGAAGAACACGUUCAUCACGGCCCUGAUGGAGGUGCAGAACAGGCAGAAGGAGCAGCGAGACAGCAGCAAACGCAGACGCCGGGACAAGGCCCUGAGCCUGCAGGGGCCGGGGACGGUGGCGACUGUGAACGCUGGGAAUACAGGCUCCACGGUCCGCACGGAGAAGACAGGGACCAUGCCUGCCAAGCGUUUCAGCAUGGAGGGACUGUCCAACAUCCUGCAGACGGGCAUCAGACAGACAUUUGGAAGCACAGGGAAUGACAAACAGUAUCUAAACACAGUCAUUCCAUUUGAGAAGAAAGGCACCCCUCCAUCUGUUGACGACCUGCAGAUGCUCACAAAAAUUCUUUUUGCCAUGAAGGAGGACAGUGAGAAGGUGCCUACACUGCUAACUGACUACAUAUUAAAAGUCUUGUGUCCUACCUAAAGCACCGCCAGGCCAGGGGCCACAGUGUGAUGGAGAAUUCUUCCUCCUCCUCCAGGGCUUUUUCCAACCCUCCUCGCCUCUGGCCCGAGCUGCAUGACCUCCCCUCUUUUACCAUUAUCAACCAUGGAUACUCACCAUCGGCAUUAUCGUAUUCACCUCAACUAUGACUACUGCCUUUCGCUGAGCUCACCUUCUCCUCUCCUGCACAUUAAGCUCAGGCCAGACCCCCCCGAAUGGCCGCCAUCUGAAUACUUAAACAAGUGGGACAAGCCAAGCCCACUUUUAAAGGACUUCACUAAUGGAGCAUGACAUGCUAUUAACAAUCACAACACCACUUUGGUACAGGGAUAAAAAUGUUACCACAGCUUUCUUUUCCAUAAUUUCUUUACUGUUUUUUCUUCUUUUUUUCAUUUCCUGUGAAAGAAUUUAAAUGUUGUCAAGUUCUGACUCUUAUUCAUAAACUGACCUCUUAACCACUGGGUUCUGUUGACUGUUCAUUGGUUCAUAAGGACUACACUGUAAGAUGAAUGACAUGCCAUACUGCAUCCUCAUGUGAUCAUCUCCCUGUGUUGUUUCAGAUGAAAAAAGGAAUUCAUUUGAAUACAAAAGCCAUGCACCUUUUCUGCCAACUUAGUACUGUAGCUCCAUGUGAAUGAACAGAAACACAACUAUUACGGGUGCAGUGCAGUGCAUUACACGGCUUUCUUUUUGGGGUUUCUUUUUCUUUAUAUUUUACUCUCUGAAUAUCCAGUGCUCUUCUCUUUUUGUAAUUUCUUUUAAUUUGUAUCUAAAUAUUUGAUAUAAACUGUGUUGCAGAUUUUCUACUUUUAUUUACUGUGUCAUCAGAGUGACAGGCUACCAUGCAUUCCACCCUGCUCAGCCACGUGGAGGUGUAUCACUGACUUUUCCUUGGAUAUCAUCCCCUGAAGAGACGAGCUCAUUUCAGUAAAGGCGUGCAUAUUUGCAUAUUAGCAUAUUUAUGACUUCCUUUGCGCCAUGUAGGUGAAUGUUACAUCGCUAAUCGCAAAUUCUAAUAAACAUUCUACCCUAAUGGUGUGUGCGUUUGCUGUCUUUACCUCGUGAGUUUAGCAGGUCACGUGAUCAAUGCUGAUGUAAGAAGGCUAACGAAACAAGCUGCACAUGGUGAUGCAAACAGACUCUCUGCUGCAUGUUUUUUCUUCAGAUAAUGUAUCAAAAACAUUUAACAAAGUAGCAUUUGUUCUAUCUUAA